ACGGAAACGUUAAUGCCUUUCGCUUUAAUAGCUCUUGUUUUGACAUAAACUACACAUUUAUCAAGUAAGUGACGCUAGCUGUGAACAUUUUUAAACGCUGUCAAUUGAUUGUUGUAACAAAUAUGACGUGUAAUAUAUACCAUGAGCAGUAACGUUAGCCUAGUUGUUUCUCUCCCAAGCAUGUGAACUAUUUUUAUGGUCGCUUUUCACCAGAUCAUCCAUUAGAAAUCAAUUACAGGUGAUCUGCAAAAGUGUCUUCUGCUCAUGGCUUCAAUCUGGCCUGGUGUUCGCGCUGUUUUGCCUUCGACCGUGUCUGAAUUCCCUCUUGAAUUUAGUGAAAAGAUUGAAUCAAGUGUGUUGAAUGUUCUCGAGCUGGCCAGAGAUCAGCUGUACCGUGCACCAGAUUGCCCAGCUUCAGCUGAAAGAGCCCAAGUCAUUCUAGAUUAUUCCUGGGAGAAGCUUAACACUGGAACAUGGAGAGAUGUGGACAAGGAGUGGAGGAGAGUUUACUCUUACGGCUGCUUAUUCAAAGUCUUAAGUUUGUGUCAUACUAAUCCAUCACAAUACAACAUCCAGGAGGCCAUUAAGACAUGUGACAUGAGUUUGUUAAUGGGAGCAGCUAUCAUGGACAACAUCCUGCAAAGACUUGUUGGUAUCUUAAGAAUGAAAAUGAAGAGCCCAAACACAGAGAGGAGUGAAGAACCCUGUUCAAAGAAAAUGAAACAGGACUGUGUGUCUGAGCCUGUAAUAAACCCUGCUCAAGAAGUGCCAAGGAUUCAGUGCCCAUCCCUGGAGCGCUUCAGAUCAGAUUUCCUGGAUCCUCAACGGCCUGUGAUUAUAGAGGGAAUUACUGACCACUGGCCGGCCUUCACAGAGCAUCCAUGGAGCAUAGACUACUUAAGAACUGUUGCUGGCUGCCGGACGGUCCCUAUUGAAGUGGGAUCCAAGUACACUGAUGAAGAGUGGUCACAAAAGCUUGUUACAGUGAAUGACUUCAUAGACCGCUACAUUAUAGGAACCGCGGAGAAUGGAGUGGGAUAUCUGGCUCAGCAUCAGUUGUUUGAUCAGGUUCCAGAGCUAAAAGAAGAUAUUCGUAUCCCAGACUAUUGUUGUCUUGGAGAAGGAGAUGAGGAUGACAUAACAAUUAAUGCCUGGUUUGGGCCUGGAGGGACUGUGUCUCCUCUCCAUCAGGAUCCUCAACAGAAUUUUUUGGCACAGGUGGUUGGAAGGAAAUACAUCCGGCUCUACAGCCUUGAUGAAACAAAAAAUCUCUAUCCACACCAGUCACAGUUACUGCACAACACCAGUCAGGUGGAGGUGGAGAAUCCAGACCUGGUGAAGUUCCCAGACUUCUCUAGAGCCUCAUAUCAGGAGUGUGUUCUCAGGCCCGGAGAUGUGCUCUUCAUCCCUCUGCAGCACUGGCAUUAUGUGCGCUCUCUUGAGCUCAGCUUUUCUGUCAGUUUUUGGUGGACCUGAUUUGUACAGAAUAAAUUGGCAUGCUCAGUG